UGCUUAGACCAAGCGAGAUAGUUUGAGAACACAACUACCAUCGUGCGAGAGCUGGCUUGGGAAUCUUUAAUAUACCACUCGUGCUCCACCGGUUGGGACGAGCGGAGGAAAAUAACGUUCAACCAGAGAAUGGGUCGACUUGGAUGGUUUGUAAUCGUUUGACAAAUAUUCGCUGAUGCACUCAGUGCCCAAGAAAAUGAAAUGACGAUAAACGGACUUCCGGAAAAGGCGGCAUUUGACACGCCGGAUAUCCGGUACACAAAAAGCAAACCACCUGUGAGGUGGGCGCAUGCAUGGACAGAUUUUACCCAGCAAACAACAUUCCACGGGCUCAAGUACAUAUGGAUGGAUGGCGCUUUCGUUUUCAGAAGACUUCUGUGGUUCCUGGUGGUUGUCAGUUGUAUGUGUGUGAUGUGUUACCAGAUUAUCGACCGCAUCAUCUACUACAACGACUUCCCCGUCACCGUGAACGUACAGGUCAACUUCAACACGUCACUGUCCUUCCCGUCGGUGACGCUGUGCAAUCAAAACUCAUUCAGGGCGACCGCGGCCACCUCAGAGAAGCGAUAUCGCCUGAUAGAGGAGAUGUUCUCUAAAGGUCACAAUUUCAACAUAUCAGUCCUCGACUCGUUCAACGCAACCGCCGUGACCCUCGAUGACCUUUACACUUCCGCCGCUCACAGGAAAGAAGAUCUAAUUGUUAGCUGCAAGUGGCAAGGGGAAGUGUGUGGACCACAAAACUUCACCGAGAUUUUAACCGACCAUGGAGUGUGUUACACCUUUAACUCUAAACGCCUCCAUGUUAGCUCAACAGGUUCUGAUUAUGGACUAAAACUGACACUUAACGUAGAGCAGUAUGAAUACAUGCCUGGACCGCACGACGCAGCUGGGGUAAAAUUGUUACUCCACGACCACAAAGAGUUCCCCAAAGUACAUGAACUGGGUCUGGCUAUACCAACGGGAUCCCACACGUUUAUUGGUAUACAGCUGGUUUCCAUCGUGAACUUGGAGAAGCCCCACGGUGACUGUGGCAGCGAGACCUCGCCCUACUAUAGCGUGUACUCCACCGACUCCUGCCAGCUCGUGUGCGCCGUCAAGUACAUGACGGAAGAAUGCGGCUGUCGGCAUCACUUCAUGCCGCACAUCGAAGGACAGCCUCCAAUUUGUACAUUGGAACAGUUUUAUUCCUGCUAUGAAAAGAGAAUAAAGAGUAGCGAUGUUCCAAUGAUCGAUCAUAGUGUUGAUGAUUUUCCAAUGAUCGAUUAUAAUUGA